GGCAGUGUUGCGCGAUGAUGCGCGUCGCGGAUGGAGCAGCGGGAGCGCCGCCUCCGCCGCUCGACUACGCGCAGCUCUUCUCCUUCCAGAUCGCAUUUCGCGACGGCGGCAGCGGCGGCGGCAAGGAGUGGGAGAAGGCGAUCUUGGAAGUAAAUUUUGCGGUGCGUACAUUCAUCUUGCUGGAUAGGGAGCGCGUCGUCGUGGCACGGCCGUUUGACUCGUACACGCGAUGCGCGUUCGAUAAAGAUGUCGAGGAUCCUUUCGUGUCGCUUUUCUUUGGUUUACUUGAGUUAGAGCUCAACGUCCAGAACAGCGCCGAGAAGGAAUGCAUGCUACAUCUUCUGCAGUGUAUCGCGAAAAAUAUGACUGCAGUAGAAGCUGUGCGUCAAGGCAUUAGUAUUGUCGGCCUGGACAAAAGGAUACUCAAAUAUGGAAUCAUUUUGCGCAAAGCAAAAGCUAAGCGGAGGAGGACAGAACGCUUUCUGGUGGUUGUACCUGGAAAGCUUCUUAUGUUUGCCGGAACAAACAUACUUGGUCGACAUGUGCGAUCUGUGACCUCUCUUUUCCGCGCGAACGUCAAGAUGUCAUUUAAUCAGCUGGAGUUUCAAAUCAUAGCACAUCACUCUAAAGAGAAAGAGAUGAGUUCCUGGAUAACGGCUCUUGAGGAGUCAAUCGAGCGUGCUGAUCAAGUACGUAGAGCACCAUGCAUGAAGCCGGAAGUAGAAAGCAGCAAAACAUUGUCCGUGUCCGAGGAGGAAGAUCGUAAACGAGCACGAAGGCCGCUCCGUCCGCGUUAUAGUGAUCAACUCACGGGGACUUCUAACGAGACACAGGGCCUCGACGAACCACGAGUUUCAGUCCGUCAGUUCGAGGAUGAAGGAAGAACAGGCUAUUGGCGUCGCUGUGACAACGCCUUUGAAGAGGGCCACAGAAGAGUAUCACUUUCCAGAGAACGCUUGAAAGCGGCAAUUGAAGACAUGUCAGAUAUGAUCGGUCGACUGAACGUUAGAAAACGGCAAAGCUUUCCUCAGCCCUGUCUACCUGAGAAUUAUGUCAGACUAUCGGAGGCCUAUCGUCAUCGCGAACACCGUCCAAGACGGCAGCAGCAAACAGACUCUUCGUCGGAGAAUUUCUACACAAAUGCUGUUCGCAGAGCUGCUGAGGAGUCCAGGUUUAGGGGAAUCUGCAACAGCAGCAGUAGGCACCGACGCAGAAGAAGGAAAGAAGCCGAGAGAUACUAUAGAAACUGCUGGGAUGAUCCUGUUGCCGGUGGCGCGGUUGCUCGACUCGACAAAGAUGGGAGCCUUGGAAACAGGAACAAUAUUGAAGCGUUCAGGGAGUCGUGGAAACAGCAACCGGCAUCAUCAAUGAUCGAACUCCCGGAGCGGAGGAGAAGCUUGGCUCCUUUCAUCUCGAGGAAAGUCUAUUAGCACUCGUAUUUUUUUCGGGGGGUACAGGACCAGCACUGUAAAGGGCGUCAUCAAUAAACUGGAUCAAUUGGGAAAAGUCCAACCGAACGAGUCCAAAGUGUGAAGCUGCUACUGAAGUUUCGUUGAAGCAACAGG